UACAGAGCCCUGUUCGUGGGUUGCAGCCCCGGGCCCCAAAGCCAAUACUUAGAAGCCCUUUCGGCAAAGGGUGUAGUACACGCCUGGGGAUAGGUUACCGGGUUGUUUGGGAGUAAUGGCGAUUCCAAUUUGCCGCCUCUUUUCGGGGCAACGGUAUGUGGAGGAGAUGCAGGGCUGUUUUGAUCGGGUUGCCAUGGUGACUCGCAGGGGUUGCUGGGAACUUCCUGUGGCUCGCGCAAAUACUUAACACGCCAUAGAGUAUAAUUCCGGGUCUGGUGGCUAGAGCGUCAUUUCUUCCGCAGGAAGCGGAAGGAUGAUUGGGUGGGCGGCUCUUUGUCGAAGCUAGAGGACCGGCAGGCGGCAGCAGCAACUACGGCGGCGGCGGCAGAACCCAGCAGUGAUGUGGAGGUGGAGACCCACAGGAGCUCCGGACUUCACCUGAGCUACCUCAGCUGUCACCAAGGGUGGCAAGAAAAGGAAGAAAGCCCUGAGUUGGGGGGAACCAGGAUGCCUGACCGGGACAGCUAUGCCAACGGCACAGGGAGCAGCAGUGGAGGCCCUGGAGGCGGUGGCAGCGAGGAAGCCAGUGGGGUGGGGGCAGGCAGUGUUGGGGCCAACUCAGAUGCCAUCUGCAGAGACUUCCUGAGGAAUGUGUGCAAGCGAGGCAAACGUUGUCGCUAUCGCCAUCCAGACAUGAGCGAGGUGUCCAACUUGGGGGUAAGCAAAAAUGAGUUCAUCUUCUGCCAUGACUUCCAGAACAAGGAGUGUAGCCGCCCAAACUGCCGAUUCAUCCAUGGCUCCAAAGAGGAUGAGGAUGGUUAUAAGAAGACAGGAGAGCUUCCCCCUCGGCUGAGGCAGAAAGUGGCAGCUGGCCUGGGCCUUUCACCAGCUGACCUACCGAAUGGCAAGGAAGAAGUCCCUAUUUGCCGUGACUUCCUCAAGGGGGACUGCCAGAGAGGAGCUAAGUGCAAGUUCCGUCACCUGCAACGAGAUUUUGAGUUUGAUGCUCGGGGUGUAGGAGGAACUGGUGGUGGGGGCUCAACAGGCCCGGUCCUGCCAGGACGACGUCAUGAUCUCUAUGAUAUCUAUGACCUCCCUGAUAGGGGCUUUGAGGACCAUGAGCCAGUCCCCAAGCGUCGGCGAGGUGGAUGCUGUCCUCCAGAUGGCCCCCAUUUUGAAUCGUAUGACUACAGCUUGGCUCCCUCCCGAGGGGUGGAGUGCAGACUACUAGAGGAGGAGAAUGCCAUGCUCAGGAAGCGGGUAGAGGAGCUAAAGAAGCAGGUCAGCAACCUGCUGGCCACCAACGAGGUGCUGCUGGAACAAAAUGCCCAGUUUCGUAAUCAGGCCAAGGUCAUGACCCUGAGCUCCACCGCACCAGCCACUGAGCAGACUCUGGCCCCCACUGUGGGCACUGUUGCCACUUUUAACCAUGGCAUUGCUCAGACUCACACUACUCUUAGCAGCCAGGCUCUGCAGCCCCGCCCUGUAUCCCAGCAAGAACUGGUGGCCCCCGCUGGGGCUCCAGCUGCUCCCCCAACAAAUGCCGCACCUCCUGCUGCUCCACCACCCCCACCUCCACACUUGAACCCAGAGAUCACGCCACUGUCAGCUGCUCUGGCUCAAACAAUCGCCCAGGGAAUGGCACCUCCACCUGUCUCUAUGGCUCCUGUGGCUGUAUCUGUGGCCCCUGUGGCCCCUGUGGCUGUAUCAAUGGCCCAACCCUUGGCAGGAAUCACAAUGAGCCACACCACCACCCCCAUGGUGACUUACCCUAUUGCUUCCCAGAGCAUGCGCAUCACAGCCAUGCCACACUGAUGGGGCAACCGGACACUCCCCUGGUACAGCCUCCUAGGGCUAGGGUCGAGGGGCUCUUACUUACCUACUCACCUAGCCCUCCUAGGCCCUGUCUGAAGGGCUUACUGAAAAACUGGACAAGAGACUACAAGGAAUAUGCUUCUGAGAAGGGGUUGGGCUGGUGUGUUUUUUCUCACCUCCCUCUCAUGAGGGUCCUCUUGUCCAUCUUUCUUCAAGCCUCACAGAAGGGGCUUGCAUGGGAGUGCAGACUCAAGCCAGCAAAGAGGAAGGACUGCCUGAGGGGCUGUGUGUCCCCUGUUGGGAAGUUGAGGACAUCCCUGGUCUUGUCCUCUCUUCACAGCACAGCACAGGUUCCGGCACUGGCUUUGGAAGAAAGAAAAACCCUACUCAGAGGGAAAGCCAGGGAAGAUUGGGAAGUGGGUGGCCAGGAGAGAAGGCCUGAUAGGAGCCUUCAGACAACAUAGGGCCCAGUUGAGUUGGACAAUACAGAAAUUGCUCCUGGGCCCCUGGGAAGGUGGGACCAUAGUAUUCCAGCCCAAAGGCUAGGGAAAUGUUCAUUACCUUAGCUUAGGCUGGAAAUCCAUAGGACAGGGCUUACCACUUUCCAAAGAAAUAAAAAAUAAUUAUUUUUAACAAAUGGAGGCAGUGAAAACUUGCUUAGAUAUUCUGUGUGGGGAGAUGGGAGCAGUAAGUAAAUCUCAUGCUAAAAUGGGAUAGAGACCCCACCCUCACAUAGCUUGGGUAAGGUUGGAUGGAGGCCAGUGAAGGAUAGAGACCCAGAACAUGAUCAAGUGGGGCUUUGGGGAAGGCUCUUUGUGGGGUAAAAGCAUUGCAGCCACCUGGUCUAGUCUAAAAAUAGCACCAUCUGUUUCUAGUCUCUGCAUAUGCCAUUCCCAGGUUGCCUUGGUAACCAGGGCUCCUAGGGUCACUUAGGGGGGCAGGUACUGAAGAGGGUACAUGUAAUGGGAAUGGGAUGUUAUGUAGAUUAUAAAUUCUUCAGUUUUGCAAACAGAGCAGAGCAGGUGAUGCUUGCCUCUCUUGAGUUGUCGAUGGGAGUUAAUGUCUCUCCUACCCUAUCUUUUCCUCAGUGGCCAAUGCCUUAAUCCUUAAAAGCCUUGGGAGGUGCUGAGAAAAGGAGAGUUCUGGGGACACAAACCUCAGGGUUCAUCCCUUUCCUCUGCUUGCACAGAGGACCAGAGAAGGUUUUUAAUCCACUUAAGGAUCAAAAGGCCAGGGGCCUCGAUAACCAAACCUCAGUUCCUCCUCAGCUCAUGGCUGAUGUAGGGGAAACAACUCAGGUGUCUAGUCUAAUGGAACAGUGUAUUUGGGGGUCGAGAAAGUGAUCUUGCGUCGUGCUCCCCCAUACCUCCUGCUACCUCUUGCUGUCUUGGCUGGUUGAUCACUUAGGUUAUACCUGGGGUUGGAAGCCUGGGUCAAGGCCAGUCACUUAAAAAAAAAAAAAGAAUGGGGCUGACGACUAAAAGUGGUCAAAUGUUUGUGCAUAUAGAAAUGAUA